AUGUUUUUACCCCUCUGGUUGCUGCUGGCGGCUGCGUCUCUACCCCAUGUCAGCGCCCGGGUCUGUACUCCCGAAGGAGCAUUCUUCGAUAUAUCAACCCAAGAAGCCCUCGACUCUUUCACCAACAACUGCACAGCCGCCAACAGCACCCUACGCUUCGGCACAAACUACACAGAUUCUCUCGUCCUGCCCAACAUCACCAAUGUAACAGGCGAUAUCGAAAUCACCGCCAGCGAUAGACUGGAAUCUAUCGAAAUUCCCGAUGUCGAACACCUAUCCGGUCUAUGGAUUAGCGAAGCGCUGAACCUGGCCCGGAUAUCGCUGCCGAAAGUGCGAUAUAUCGAGAACGUGUAUCUGAAUACAUCUGCUGCCAGUCCGGUUCUUGAGUUACCGUUGCUUGAGCGUGUGGACUCGCUGUUGCUUUAUGGCAACUGGUCGAGUAUGGCCUUUGAUGCAUUGCAUACGGUCAACGAUACCCUCUUCGUGUGUCAGGAUGAGCAGUGUGAUCCGGAUACAGCUCCGGAGAGGUCAAUGGACAUUUCCUUCCCUGCAUUAAAGCAGAUAAAUGGGAGAGCUGAGUUUGGUGGGAAUAUUGCUAAUCUUUCGCUCCCUGAGCUUGUUACUACGGCUUCCCAUAUGAAUAUCUACCACUUGGGCCCGAUCCUCAAUCCAAGUCUUCCAAAGCUGGACACGGUUGAGAAUCUUGAUUUCCAGGGUAAUAUCUCUACAAUCGAGCUGCCCUCGAUACAGAAACUCGACAUGUUCCAGUGCUAUACAGACGAGCCGCUCUCGCUGAAUCUCCCCGCCGAAACCGCCCAAUACAUCUACAUCGACGUGCCCAGUAUCAAAAGCCUUUCCUUCCCAAACCUAACCAACUCCUCCGCCGUCUCCAUACGCAGCGAUGAAGCCUACGACUGCGAUAAACUCCACAAAAGCAUCAGGGUGGACGUACAACACGAUAUCAUCUUCUACUGCGACGUCCCUAGCUCCAGUGGUCUAAGUACCGGUGCUAAAACCGGGAUAGGGGUUGGUGUUGGGAUAGCGGGACUGGGGCUUAUAGGGCUCGCUGUGGUCUUUUGGUUGAGACGGCGGGCGAAGAAGAAGGAGAGGGGAUCGCACGCCGAGGAACAGAAGAUGGCUGCGAUGGGGGCUGGGUCUGGGAGUGAUGAUUCUGGGAAAAGCCUGCGUUCAUUAUAA